CUCAUUAUGAAUAAUGUUUCUGCAAUAACAAUGUUUUUUCUUUCAGGUUUAAAUGAAACAGUGAAUCACAGGUUUGUUCUCUUCUUUCUCAGUUUGCUGUGUUACUGCAUCAUUUUCCUGCUAAAUCUUGCUCUUACUGUGACCAUCAUCUUGGACAAAAACCUCCAUGAACCCAUGUAUAUUCUGCUCUGUGUUUUUUGCAUGAAUGCACUUUAUGGAACAGCAGGUUUUUACCCUAAAUUUCUCUGGGAUCUGCUCUCUCCUGUUCAUGUUAUCUCAUAUUACGGUUGCCUUAUUCAGACUCAUGUGGUUUAUUCUUUUGCCUGCAUCGACGUUUCGAUUCUUACACUCAUGGCAUUUGACAGAUAUGUGGCCAUAUGUCAGCCACUGAAGUAUCACUCUUUCAUGUCAAAGCAAAGAGUCAUUAAGGUUGCAUGUUUUUCUUGGUUCACACCUUUUUGCAUUGUAGCUGUAAAUAUUUUUCUAACAUCCAGGCUGAAGUUAUGCAGCUCGUGCAUUUCCAGACUCUUCUGUGUGAACUCAGUUAUUGUCACACUUGCUUGUUCACGAGCUGAAACUAUCAUAAACCACAUAGCUUCAUAUAUUACAAUAACUGUUUAUGUAUUCCACGGUUUGUUUAUCGUGUGGUCCUACGUUUACCUCAUUAAAACAUGUGUAAAGUCUACAGAAAAGAGGGCAAAGUUCAUGCAGACAUGUGUCCCACAUUUAGUUUCCCUACUCACUUUUCUUGUGGCUAUACUUUUUGAUGUUUUGAAUAUCCGAUUUGGUUCAAUAGUUUUACCUCAAACCCUUCAAAACUUUGUGACAAUAGAGUUUCUUGUCAUUCCUCCUAUUAUGAAUCCUCUUAUUUAUGGCUUCAAAUUGACCAAAAUUAAGAAAAGAAUCUGUACUUUAAUUACUUUCCGUAUUUCAGUGACUCCUGCUUAUGCUGGCAAAGAACUUCUGAGUUUUAGAAUGCGGACAAAUGGAUGCCCCCAGAGCCAGCAGCGAUCCCAAGAUGCUGCCAGUCCAGCCCUGGAUCACCAGCCACCCUCCACCCUGGACAGGUACAAGUACAUUGGAAUCCCACAGGCAAAUGGGAACCUUGAACAGGCUGCUAUGAAAGCCACAACCACUAAAUACCUGCAGAGAGUAAGGAAAGUCCUGAGGAUCCAGGCAGUAAACACCUAUGUCCUGUCGGUGAUCAGAUACCAUGCUAAGAUAAUAAGCUGGCCAAAGAAGGUGAUGGAAGCUACUGAUGUCAAGACAAGGGAGCUCUUUUCCAUGCAUGGAGGGUUUCAUCUCAGUUCCAACACCAUAAGACUGUGCGUUAAGCCAAAGGAUGGAGGCCAAGGACUGGCGAGUGUCAGAACCACUGUCCAGGAUGAGACCACAGACAUCCAUGAGUACAUCAGGAAGAUGUCCUCAACCGACCACGUGCUCAGUGAAUACCUCAGGGAAUAG